AUGGCGUCGCCCACGCAGACCUUGGCAGACGACUUGUUCGGCGACUCGGACAAUGAAGCGCCUGCGGCACAGCCGCAAUUUGCACUUUCCCUUUCUGGGGAUUCGAUGAGUGAGGAUGCGGACCGGGAAAAAGAGGCGCUUGAAUACCUCGAAGACGACCAAGCGCCCGCUGCGCCGACUGCCGAGGAGCAGACUGCGUGGAUUAAUGUCGCGCAAGUGCCUGUGCGGCAUACAAAGACGGCAACACUAGCACGCCUGCCUCAUUUUGUGCGGUACUCAGACAAGGUAUUCGACGAGACGACGUGGGACGAACAGGAAGAAGAGCAGGCUUUUUACGACGGCGACGGCGAGAUUGGGGAUCGUGACGCGCGCAGCAUUUUGCGCACAUCAAAUACCGUUCGCUGGCGCUGGCGCGACUCGAUAAAGGGGCCAACACCUGAAUCGAAUGCGCGCAUUGUCCGCUGGAGCGACGGGUCCGAAAGUCUGCAGCUCGGCAAUGAGUUUCUCGAUGUGACGCGCACGAACGAGCCCUGUGCACAAGCCGCGGACGGGACGCGCAUUCCUCUUACCUACCUUUAUGUGCCGCAUCCGCGCGAGGGUGUACUACAGGCCGAAGGCGUCGUUGAUACCGUACUUUCCUUCAAGCCAAAUGUGCAUUCCGAUACGCACAACAAGCUUGCGAGUGCGAUUAAGCACCAGCGGAGUGCGCGUGUAGUUGCGGGCCAGGAAAUGUUUGGCCUCGAUCCCGAGCGCGAGAAAGAGCGCAUUGAGCGCCAGUUGAAAGAGUCCGAGAAGAAAAAGAACCGCGAGCGGAUAAAGGCGAUGCGCGAAGAAAACGACCUGGAUGGUGACUUGGACUUUAGCGCGCGGCGGCGCGGCGCGCAGCGAACUACACGCGACGCUGUGGACUGGUCUGGCGAUGAGGCGGAGGCAGAGGGCGCCGGAGCGCGGCAAUGGGACUAUGACGACGAAGACGAUGGGUUCAUUGUGCACGACGAAACAGACGAGGAAAAGGCGUCAGAGGACGAGAUGGAGCGUGCGGAUCGCAACCUAGAAGCGUCUGAACGCAAGCGCCGUGAAGAAGGCAACAAGCGCCCCAGGCCAGACGACGAGGAUUCCUCAUAG